CUGCAGCAGCAGGAGGCUGAGCAGAAGACUACACUGCACUGUGAGGCGAAGCAGUGGACAGAGGGGCAGAGCGCUGGCCCCUGGGGCUCCUGGCUAACCAUGGAUGACACCUCCUCUCUGGGCAAAGUGAGCGGCUCCACUGAAUCCGUGGCCACCGUCACCAGUGAGGAGUUUGUGCUGGUGCAGCCGUCAGCCGGAGGAUCCCCCUCGGGCUCAGAGGGCAAGCCCAGACUCAAGGUGGGCCUCAGACACUCAAGACAUACACACACAUAUCUAUUCAUUUGAUCAGUCACACAGACAAAACACGCACGCACACACACAUGUAAUUGUAACAAACGGAUUACUUCUAUUGAUUAUUCCUAUAUAAUUAAUUGCUCUAGAAAGCAACUGUCCAUUCUGAAAGCCAAACUAGUUCACACACUACACAGGGUUUCACCUCUCAUACACUUCCUUUCCUUAGAUGUCCUGCAAUGGGAACGAACAGCUUGAGAGAGCCAUGGAGGAGGUGCUGGAUGACGACGUGGUGAAAGAGGAGAGGAGUGGAGGAGCAGCAGAGGAGAGAACAGAGACUUUUCAGGACUCAUUGACCUCCACAGCCCCCGGGCCACAGACAUGUCCCCAGGGCUUUGUGCUGGACCCCACACCUGCAGGUACUGUCUGCACUGAACCUCUCACCCCUUAGGGCAAUGAAUCAGUUCAUGAUGUAUGGAAAAGUUAACGCAUGAGCAUUUCAAUGUACAGAGUCAGACACGUCAUAUCGAAACAUCUAUGUAGAUUAUAUAUAUAUAUAUAUAUAUAUAUAUAUAUAUAUUUUACAAACUCAGCAAAAAAAGAAACGUCCCUUUUUCAGGACCCUGUCUUUCAAAGAUAAUUUGUAAAAAUCCAAAUAACUUCACAGAUCUUCAUUGUAAAGGGUUUAACCACUGUUUCCCAUGCUUGUUCAAUUAAACAUAAACAAUUAAUGAACAUGCACCUGUGGAACGGUCGUUAAGACACGCUAACAGCUUACAGACGGUAAGCAAUUAAGGUCACAGUUAUGAAAACAUAGGACACUAAAGAGGCCUUUCUACUGACUCUGGAAAAACACCAAAAGAAAGAUGCCCAGGGUCCCUGCUCAUCAGCGUGAACGUGCCUUAGCCAUGCUGCAAGGAGGCAUGAGGACUGCAGAUGUGGCCAGGGCAAUAAAUUGCAAUAUCCGUACUGUGAGACGCCUAAGACAGCGCUACAGGGAGACAGGACGAACAGCUGAUCGUCCUCACAGUGGCAGACCACGUGUAACAACACCUGCACAGGAUCUGUACAUCCGAACAUCACACCUGCGGGACAGGAACAGGAUGGAAACAACAACUGCCCGAGUUACACCAGGAACGUACAAUCCCUCCAUUACUGCUCAGACUGUCCACAAUAGGCUGAGAGAGGCUGGACUGAGGGCUUGUAGGCCUGUUGUAAGGCAGGUCCUCACCAGACAUCACCGGCAACAACGUCGGCUAUGGGCACAAACCCACCGUCGCAGGACCAGACAGGACUGGCAAAAAGUGCUCUUAACUGACGAGUCGCGGUUUUGUCUCACCAGGGGUGAUGGUCGGAUUCGAGUUUAUCGUCGAAGGAAUGAGCAUUACACCGAGGCCUGUACUCUGGAGCGGGAUCGAUUUGGAGGUGGAGGGUCCAUCAUGGUCUGGGGCGGUGUAUCACAGCGUCACCGGACUGUGCUUGUUGUCAUUGCAGGCGAUCUCAACGCUGUGCGUUACAGGGAAGACAUCCUCCUCCCUCAUGUGGUACCCUUCCUGCAGGCUCAUCCUGACUUGACCCUCCAGCAUGACAAUGCCACCAGCCAUACUGCUCGUUCUGUGCGUGAUUUCCUGCAAGACAGGAAUGUCAGUGUUCUGCCAUGGCCAGCGAAGAGCCUGGAUCUCAAUCCCAUUGAGCACGACUGGGACCUGUUGGAUCGGAGGGUGAGGGCUAGGGCCAUCCCGCCCCAGAAAUGUCCGGGAACUUGCAGGUGCCUUGGUGGAAGAGUGGGGUAACAUCUCACAGCAAGAACUGGCAAAUCUGGUGCAGUCCAUGAGGAGGAGAUGCACUGCAGUACUUAAUGCAGCUGGUGGCCAUCUGGCAGAUACUGACUGUUACUUUUGAUUUUGACCCCCCCUUUGUUCAGGGACACAUUAUUCAAUUUCUGUUAGUCACAUGUCUGUGGAACUUGCUCAGUUUGUCUCAGUUGUUGAAUCUUAUGUUCAUACAAAUAUUUACACAUGUUAAGUUUGCUGAAAAUAAACGCAGUUGACAGUGAGAGGAUGUUUCUUUUUUUGAUUAGUUUAUAUAUAUACAUACAGUGGGGAGAACAAGUAUUUGAUACACUGCCGAUUUUUCAGGUUUUCCUACUUACAAAACAUGUAGAGGUCUGUAAUUUUUAUCAUAGGUACACUUCAACUGUGAGAGACGGAAUCUAAAACAAAAAUCCAGAAAAUCACAUUGUAUGAUUUUUAAGUAAUUAAUUUGCAUUUUAUUGCAUGACAUAAGUAUUUGAUACAUCAGAAAAGCAGAACUUAAUAUUUGGUACAGAAACCUUUGUUUGCAAUUACAGAGAUCAUACGUUUCCUGUAGGUCUUGACCAGGUUUUCACACACUGCAGCAGGGAUUUUGGCCCACUCCUCCAUACAGACCUUCUCCAGAUCCUUCAGAUUUCGGGGCUGUCGCUGGGCAAUACGGACUUUCAGCUCCCUCGAAAUAUUUUCUAUUGGGUUCAGGUCUGGAGACUGGCUAGGCCACUCCAGGACCUUGAGAUGCUUCUUACGGAGCCACUCCUUAGUUGCCCUGGCUGUGUGUUUCGGGUCGUUGUCAUGCUGGAAGACCCAGCCACGACCCAUCUUCAAUGCUCUUACUGAGGGAAAGAUGGCCAAGAUCUCGCGAUACAUGGCCCCAUCCAUCCUCCCCUCAAUACGGUGCAGUCGUCCUGUCCCCUUUGCAGAAAAGCAUCCCCAAAGAAUGAUGUUUCCACCUCCAUGCUUCACGGUUGGGAUGGUGUUCUUGGGGUUGUACUCAUCCUUCUUCUUCCUCCAAACACGGCGAGUGGAGUUUAGACCAAAAAGCUCUAUUUUUGUCUCAUCAGACCACAUGACCUUCUCCCAUUCCCUCCUCUGGAUCAUCCAGAUGGUCAUUGGCAAACUUCAGACGGGCCUGGACAUGCGCUGGCUUGAGCAGGGGGACCUUGCGUGCGCUGCAGGAUAUUAAUCCAUGACGGCGUAGUGUGUUACUAAUGGUUUUCUUUGAGACUGUGGUCCCAGCUCUCUUCAGGUCAUAGACCAGGUCCUGCCGUGUAGUUCUGGGCUGAUCCCUCACCUUUAUACAGGUAACGAGUUCAAACAGGUGCAGUUAAUACAGGUAAUGAGUGGAGAACAGGAGGGCUUCUUAAAGAAAAACUAACAGGUCUGUGAGAGCAGGAAUUCUUACUGGUUGGUAGGUGAUCAAAUACUUAUGUCAUGCAAUAAAAUGCAAAUUAUUUAUUUAAAAAAUCAUACAAUGUGAUUUUCUGGAUUUUCGUCUCUCACAGUUGAAGUGUACCUAUGAUAAAAAUUACAGACCUCUACAUGCUUUGUAAGUAGGAAAACCUGCAAAAUCGGCAGUGUAUCAAAUACUUGUUCUCCCCACUGUAUAUAGGCUUUUGCUGGCUGUUCUGGUGACCUCAAUGUAGAAUAACAUUUUAUCAUAACUACAUGAUUUGAAGAAUAGUUUCACAUGCUUUAUGUACAGUAGGUGAAAUCAGUAGAAAAGAUACGCAAUGUCAUCCUAUCAUCAAUUGUUACUGAGUAGUAUCAUAGUGUACUGUACUGGCCAUACAGACUAGGCGAUGUCAAUGUGCCCUGGUACUGUAUGUCACAGGGCUGGCUAACCAAAACACAGGCUACAAAAUACAGUUACAUUAUCAGUGAUGCAUGUCAUGUAUUUAUCUAUUUGAGAACAAAUUAACUUCUUCAGUCCAACCUGGUUGUAAGUAGUCUGCAAGUGUGGCACAAACAUUUUUGGCCAUGACUGUGCAAGUCAGCAGUUCACAUCCAGGUGCUGCGGUUCUGUCCUCAUUGUUUCACAUCCUGUUGUUGAGUGUGAAAGUACAGGUUAGACAUUACUUCCUCUCUCCACAAGUGGCUUCCUCAACUACAGAGGACUAUCGUUGUGUUUUGUCCUCUGUAUAAAAGUAACUUUGUUUUAUGUUUGUUUUUACUGGUAUUUUGUUACAUUAACAUUUUACAUACAUGGUACUUUUAUACACAGUAUGACAUAACAGAAAAAUAGUUUUUUUGAUAUACACAUUAAACAUUACAUUAGAUGUGACAGAUUACAGAAAGGCGGAGGAGUGGCUAUAUAGGUCAAAUCUAAUUUCAUAGCGUUCCAAUCUCUAAAUAUCUCUGUUCCCAAGAAAUUUGAGCUCCUGGUUAUAGAUGUGUCCAUAAACCAGAUAACACAUUUAUUUGUUGCUGGGAUUUACCGCCCCCCUGCUGCCAUGGCGGAUGCUAUUGGUGCUGUAUCUGAGUGUUUAAAGCCUUUUCUGUUUUAUGUCCUCGGAGUUGGUCAUUUUAGGGGAUUUGAAACUGGAUUGGCUAUCCCCGGCCUCAGAUCAAUUUUAGAGUAUAUGCAUUGAUUUUAAACUUACUCAAUUGAUAUCAAAACACACAUGGCUAAAUGUGAAAAACCCUGUUAACUCAUCAUUGAUUGAUUUAAUUCUUACUAGUAACCCCCAUAAAUGUUUGUCUAGUGGUGUAUUUGCAUAUGAUCUGUGAUCAUUGUCCCAUAGUAUUAGAGAUAAGAAACAGCAAAAUACUAAUCCUUGUUUAAUUAAGAAGAUACAUUUAAAAAAGUUUUCUCCUCAAGGGUUUUUACAUGACGUGAUUUAGCUUUUGUCUCCUGUAUUCCUUACCCUAUAAAAAUUAUCCUCCAUAUUUAUUUAUCUGGCAGAUAAAUACGUCCCUUUUUAAACAAUUCAGAGUCAAAGAUUGAUCUAACCCUUGGUUUUCUUCUGAGUUAUCUGAACUGAUUCAGAUGCGAAAUAAGGCCUGGGCCAAAGCAAGAAAAACUGACUCUGUAGUGGACUGGCAAUCUUUCAGACAAUUGAGAAACAGAUGUACUAUCUCGAUUUUAAGAAAGCUAAAUCAAGCUACUUUUUAAGCUCCAUCUUUGACUCUGCUGGUGAUCCUUUUUAAAUUUUGGAAAACAGUAAAUGCACUGAAGCGUACAAGUUCCUCUUCUUCCCUGCCUAAGCAAGUUCUGUCUGACUCUGGCGUAAUAACUGAGAAGAAUGGGAAAAGUGAUGCUUUUAAUCAUCAUUUAAUCUCGGCAGGCUUUUUAUUUGAGAGAAAGAGUGGUUUAAUUGAUCAUGGUCAGUCAAUCGACUAAACAUUCUUGCCUAGCUAAAAUAUUAGAAUCCUUGAUUAAUUCUCAGCUAAAAACGUUCUUAUCUUUGAAAUGUAUUCUAAAUGUACAUCAGUUGGAUUUUAGACCAGGUCGUAGCACUAUCUCUGCUGAAUCUGGUAAUGAAUGGUGUGGCUGUUGAACAAGUUGAGGAGACUAAAUUACUUGGUAUUACCUUAGAUUGUGAGCUGUCAUGGUCGAAACAUAUAGAUUCAGUGGUUGUAAAGAUGGGGAGCAGUUUGUCCAUGAUAAAGAGAUGCUCUGCUUUUUUGACACAACACUCCACAAAGCAAGUCCUGCAGGCUCUAGUUUUAUCUUGAUUAUAGUCCAGUCAUAUGGUCAAGUGCUGCAAAGAAAGACCUGGUUAAUCUGCAGCUGGUCUUGCUCUUCAUUGUAAUCAGAGGGCUAAUAUUAAUACUAUCCAUGCCAUUCUCUCUUGGCUAAGAGUUGAGGAAAGACUGUGUCACUUCUUGUUUUUAAAAGAAACAAUGUGUUGGAAAUUCCUAAUUGUUUGCGCAGUCACAGGCACUGACACGCACUUACCCCACCAGACAUGCCACCAGGGGUCCUUUUCACAGUCCCAAGGUCCAGAGCACCUUACGAUCCCACACAGACACUCACCUAAUGUUAUAUUGCUCUUUGGUCUUUUGCACAUUCUGCACAUCUCAUCCAGUGUUAUACUAUUGUAAUAUUCUGCACUUAGCCUAUUAUUGCCUACCCAAAUCAAGGAAACGGACAGUAUUAUACAGAGCCAUGAGUGCAUGGAACUCCCAUCUUAUAUUGCGCAAGUAAACAGCAAACCUGGUUUAAAACAACAAAUAAAACAACUCCUCACGGCACAACGCCUCUCCCCAUGUGACCUACUUGUUGUGUGUAUGUACUGACAUGUACAGUGCAUUUGGAAAGUAUUCAGACCCCUUGACCUUUUCCACAAUUUUGUUACGUUACAGCCUGUUUUUUCCCCUCAUCAAUCUACACACAAAACCCCAUAAUGACAAAGCGAAAAGUUUUUUGAAAUUUUAGCAAAUGUAUUAAAAAACCCUCAACUGAAAUCACAUUUACAUACAGUGGGGAAAAAAGUAUUUAGUCAGCCACCAAUUGUGCAAGUUCUCCCACUUAAAAAGAUGAGAGAGGCCUGUAAUUUUCAUCAUAGGUACACGUCAACUAUGACAGACAAAAUGAGAAAAUAAAUCCAGAAAAUCACAUUGUAGGAUUUUUAAUGAAUUUAUUUGCAAAUUAUGGUGGAAAAUAAGAAUUUGGUCAAUAACAAAAGUUUCUCAAUACUUUGUUAUAUACCCUUUGUUGGCAAUGACACAGGUCAAACGUUUUCUGUAAGUCUUCACAAGGUUUUCACACACUGUUGCUGGUAUUUUGGCCCAUUCCUCCAUGCAGAUCUCCUCUAGAGCAGUGAUGUUUUGGGGCUGUCGCUGGGCAACACGGACUUUCAACUCCCUCCAAAGAUUUUCUAUGGGGUUGAGAUCUGGAGACUGGCUAGGCCACUCCAGGACCUUGAAAUGCUUCUUACGAAGCCACUCCUUCGUUGCCCGGGCGGUGUGUUUGGGAUCAUUGUCAUGCUGAAAGACCCAGCCAUGUUUCAUCUUCAAUGCCCUUGCUGAUGGAAGGAGGUUUUCACUCAAAAUCUCACGAUACAUGGCCCCAUUCAUUCUUUCCUUUACACGGAUCAGUCGUCCUGGUCCCUUUGCAGAAAAACAGCCCCAAAGCAUGAUGUUUCCACCCCAAUGCUUCACAGUAGGUAUGGUGUUCUUUGGAUGCAACUCAGCAUUCUUUGUCCUCCAAACACGACGAGUUGAGUUUUUACCAAAAAGUUAUAUUUUGGUUUCAUCUGACCAUAUGACAUUCUCCCAAUCCUCUUCUGGAUCAUCCAAAUGCACUCUAGCAAACUUCAGACGGGCCUGGACAUGUACUGGCUUAAGCAGGGGGACACGUCUGGCACUGCAGGAUUUGAGUCCCUGGCGGCGUAGUGUGUUACUGAUGGUAGGCUUUGUUACUUUGGUCCCAGCUCUCUGCAGGUCAUUCACUAGAUCCCCUGGUGUGGUUCUGGGAUUUUUGCUCACCGUUCUUGUGAUCAUUUUGACCCCACGGGGUGAGAUCUUGCGUGGAGCCCCAGAUCGAGGGAGAUUAUCAGUGGUCUUGUAUGUCUUCCAUUUCCUAAUAAUUGCUCCCACAGUUGAUUUCUUCAAACCAAGCUGCUUACCUAUUGCAGAUUCAGUCUUCCCAGCCUGGUGCAGGUCUACAAUUUUGUUUCUGGUGUCCUUUGACAGCUCUUUGGUCUUGGCCAUAGUGGAGUUUGGAGUGUGAAUGUUUGAGGUUGUGGACAGGUGUCUUUUAUACUGAUAACAAGUUCAAACAGGUGCCAUUAAUACAGGUAACGAGUGGAGGACAGAGGAGCCUCUUAAAGAAGAAGUUACAGGUCUGUGAGAGCCAGAAAUCUUGCUUGUUUGUAGGUGACCAAAUACUUAAUUCCACCAUAAUUUGCAAAUAAAUUCAUUAAAAAUCCUAUUGUUGAAGUCGUGUCGUGAUUAAAGCCUAGAAUCCUUACAUAAGGGUUCAGGUUACUCAGUACUUUGUUGAAGUACCUUUGUCAGUGAUUAAAGCCUAGAGUCUUCUUGGGUAUGACGCUACAAGCUUGGCAUACCUGUAUUUGAGGACUUUCUCCUAUUCUUCUCUGCAGAUCCUCUCAAGCUCUGUCAGGUUGGAUGGGAACGUCGCUGCACAGUUAUUUUCAGGUCUCUCCAGAGAUGUUAGAUCGGGUUCAAGUCCGGCCUCUGGCUGGGCCACUCAACGACAUUCAGAGACUUGUCCCGAAGCCACUCCUGCGUUCUCUUGGCUGUGUCCUUAUGCUUCCUGGUCACCUCCCUGACCAAGGCCUUUCUCCCCUGAUUGCUCAGUUUGGCCGGGCGGCCAGCUCUAGGAAGAGUCUUGGUGGUUCCAAACUUCUUCCAUUUAACAAUGAUGAAGGCCACUGUGUUCUUGGAGACCUUCAAUGCUGCAUAAAUGUUUUUGGUACCCUUCCCAAGAUCAGUGCCUUGACACAAUCCUGUCUCAGAGCUCUACAGACAAUUCCUUCGACGUCAUGGCUUGGUUUUUGCUCUGACAUGCACUGUCAACUGUGGGACCUUAUGUAGACAGGUGUGUGCCUUUCCAAAACAUGUCCAAUCUAUUGAAUUUACCACAGGUAAUCAAGUUAUAGAAACAUCUCAAGGAUGAUCAAUGGAAACAUGAUGCACCUGAGCUCAAUUUCGAGUGUCAUAUCGAAGGGUCUGAAUACUUAUGUAAGUAAGGUCUUUCUGUUUUUUACUUUUAAUAAUUUUGCAAUAAUCUCUAAAAACCUGUUUUCGCUUUGUCAUUAUGGGGUAUUGUGUGUAUAUUGAUGAGGAAGUUGUUUUUAUUUAAUCCAUUUUAGAAUAAUGCUGUAACAAAAUGUGGGGGAAGGGGUCUGAAUACUUUCCGAAUGCACUGUAUGUAAUUCAGGGCUCAUCUAUAAAAGAGUACAACUCAGUAUUAUCCCUGAUAAAAUAAAAGUUAAAUAAAAAAAUUACCUCGUACUCUCGACAUACCCGGUAUACAUGAUUUAAAUAGUGUUUUUUGGUCAUAACUAUUACAGAUCAUGAGCUUUAUUCCCAGCCCUCAGUUACUCUCAGCCCAUCCCACCUAUCUCCGUAGACCACCCUCUCUUGAUUUCCAUUAUCCUCUGUACUACUUUAGCAGUAAACUUUGCAUCAGAUUACUCUUAUCAUCAAAGGCUAAAUCAUAAUAGCAUCAAAUAAUCAAUUAGUAAAUUCUAUCCCAUUUCAGUUCAGGUACCAUUUUACUGAGGAUUUACCCAGGAUUAGGCAACCUGUUUAUUCCACAGAGCUACCCUUGUCUGCCCUAUCAUUCUAAACAAUAAGUAACCUUUGACCUAUUGUCUGUCUGCUCCCUCAGUGGAGUCAGUGUGUCUUCCCGCAGGGCAGGGCAGCCCAUCAGUCCAGGAGGAGGACAGUGUUCAGUUCAGUAAGCUGUCCUACCUGGGCUGUACGUGGGUGAAGGCCCCUCGCAGUGAGCCCGAGGCCCUGAGAGCCAUGACUACGCUGCGGGCAGAGAGUGCCGUCCCCAUUCCCAUCACCCUCCAUGUGCCCAAUGUACCAGAGGGCUGCGUCAGGUCAGUCAUAUCGAGACUAUAGUAUGUGAAAUGUGUGUGUGUGUGUGUGUGUGUGGUCUCUGUGGGUAGAGAGAAGCAUCUCCAUCAUGUGACACCCUUUGUGCCCAACGUGCGUCAGAUCAGUCAUAUACACACCAAUGUACUGCACCAAUGCACUGCAGUGUAUAUAUGAAUGUGAUAUAUUUUUUCAGCUCUGGGUCAUUUCUCCCUCAGUGGAGUCCGUGUGUCCUCCCGCAGGGCAGCCCUCCAGUCCAGGAGGAGGACAGUGUUCAGUUCAGUAAGCUGUCCUACCUGCUAGAGCGCGAUGGGACAAGGAAAUCCCGGCCGGCCAAACCCUCCUCUAACCCGGACGACGCUGGGCCAGUUGUGAGCCGCCUCAUGGGUCUUCCGGUCACGGCCGGCUAUGACACAGCCUGGGAACGAACCCGGGGCUGUAGUGAUGCUUCAAGCACUGCGAUGCAGUGCCUUAGACCGCUGCGCCACUCGGUAGGCCCCAAAUAAAUAGUUUUGACGGUAUUGAAAAACCAUCCAGUGGCUUUUUCCAAAUCUCCCGCUAUACGGUAUAUACAGUAUACUGCCCAAGAUUUCUUGCAACAUGUACUUGCUAUUGUGUGUAUGACUCCUGUCCAAGUCUAUGCAACAAGUAGGCUAAACCUUUAUUCAUCUGAAAUGGGACAUCAUUAAUAUUGCACCAACAACCAGAUUGUCUUCAUUGAAGCAAAAGUUGAAAGAUUGAAUAUGCCCAUCCUGGCAGUGUCAUUUAUAGACGUGAGCACCUGCUCUGUGGUUAAAGCAGUUUGACAAAUAUUUAAACAUAGACACAACCACCACACAAGCCUGUAGUUAACCAUGGAAAAAAGAUAAUGACAUGAGACUAUGAAAAUAAACUUUAAUGUGUACACUAAUAGAUAUUUCUCUACACCUAACCUUUCAAGUUUACAGAAAGAGAAAAUUAAAUGAUGAACCAUGUCUCAUUGCGUUUGCCAGAUGAGAAGCUCACACGUCGUUUGUGGGAAAUAACAUGACUGAUAACAACAGAGGUAAUUAGUGGAGCGUGUUGAUGCGCCCUAAGAAAAAGUUGAAUUAAAAACACUUAACGUCAGGCCUCCCGAGUGGCGCAGCGGUCUAAGGCACUGCAUCGCAGUGCUAGAGGCGUCACUACAGACCCGGGUUCGAUCCCAGGCUGUGUCGCAGCCGGCAGAGACCCAUGAGGCGGCACACAAUUGGCCCAGCAUCGUCCGGGGUAGGGGAGUGUCUGGCCGGCCGGGAUGUCCUUGUCCCAUCGUGCUUUAGCGACUCUAGCGGCUCUUGCGACUAGCGGCUGGCUUCUGGGUUAAGCGAGCAGUGUGUCAAGAAGCAGUGCGGCUUCACGAAAUUGGGGAGAAAAAGGGGUAAAAAGUACGAAAAUUGACAAAUACCCUAACGUCAAUGUGUAUGAGUCUUAGGUGGCCUAGGCCUAACUAAACAAUUUCUAACUCAUAACUUACACACCUAUGGAGAGUUGAGAGAUUUGGAUUGUUGCAAGACACAUAUCAAUAGGAUUUGCCAGGCUUAUGUCUUGAAAUCCUCUCCCCUGUCGUCUCCCCUGCCUCAGGAUCGUGGACCAGGCGUCAGGCACGGAGAUAGCUUCCUUCCCCAUCUACAAGGUGCUGUUCUGCUCCCGGGGUCGCGAGGGCUCCAUCGAGAGCGACUGCUUCUCCUUCACUGAGAGCUACCGUAGCUCUGAGGAUUUCCAGAUCCACGUCUUCUCCUGCCAUAUCAAGGAAGCUGUGAGUCACUUCUAUUCUAUUGAAUUUCAUUCUAUUCUAUUUAUUGUUUGGAUAAUCAUUAUUGGUACAGCAAUAUACAGUAAUGGAGUAAACAUACACUUGAUUUGGAGGUAAUCAAGAUGGCGACCAUGAAGUAGUCAGGUGAAGGUGAUCCGUUUGGCAUUCCCUCUCUUUAUUAAAAUAUGCCUCUUAAUAAGGAAAGAACUCUACUCAAAAGUCCCCUGUAGCUCAGUUGGUAGAGCAUGGCGCUUGCAACGCCAGGUUUGUGGGUUCGUUUCCCACGGGGGGCCAGUAUGAAAAAUGUAUGCACUCACUAACUGUAAGCCGCUCUGGAUAAGAGCGUCUGCUAAAUGACAAAAAUGUCAAUGUAAGAAAUAACUGAAAUGUUAUGUAUGCAACUGCAUGUUAUGGCAAAUACUAGAUAGAGAAAUUAAGAUAAACAUACACAGCGAAACAACGCGACCAAGUAGCUGCCGACUUGACUAAAGUGAGUUUGUAGACACUACUCACAGAAAUUCUCACUGGCAAUGAGAAACUGUCACGAGAAGAUCUCCAGAAAACCGUGGCUGAACAAAAAGGAAUCAUACCGGGGCUUACUGAAAGAUUAAGCGGGAUGGAGGACCUCAGUCGCCGUUCAAGUCUUCGUUUCACGAAUUUCCCCAAGAGCUGUGGAGCAUCCGGAAUGGAGGAAUUCCUGGAGGGGGUAAUACCACAACUACUGGUCCAGGAGAGCAUCACACGGGCUCCCACAAUCGAACGAGCGGCCCGAGAGGGGACACAAGCAGCAAACCAAGGGACAUCAUCGCAAAGUUCCUUAACUAUAGGGACAAAGAUUAAGUUAUACGACAGGUCAUCCAAGCCAAAAAGUCAGGAGUCUGACCUUUUUUGUAUGAGGUUCAUUGGAUUUAUGUGAACACCGACAUGUGCAGAGACCUCUACAUGAAACUGAGUGAAUUCAACCCAAUAAGAAAAAGUUGCAUGAAGAACUAAUCCCUUUCUCUCUGGUGUACCCCACAUAACUACGGGUCAAAUGGAAGGAAAGGGACAUCUCACUGAAUAAUCGAAUUAGACUCCCAACAUACAAAUAACUCUAUUAGAAUGGUACGGGACUACAAUACAGUUUUAAGUAUGUCAGUGAACCGUGAAGACAAUCAUACUACUAACUAUCACCAUCUGGCGCUCAAAGAGAUAAUGAAUAUUAUGGACACGUUGGAUUUGACGACGAGGCUUAAAAACCCGGAUCUCGUAAAAUAUACUUAAGCUAAUUGGAUUGAUUAUUUUCUGGUAUCCGUUUCUAUGGUGCCAAAAGUGAAAAAUAAUAUGGAUUUGAAGGUCAAACUGUAUUGUUAGGGGAUCUGAAAAACCAUGAUCAGUCAAUGGGAAAUAUCAUUAUACUCUUGGGUGAAGUAUUUAUUUUUAGGGCAAUAUCAGUAGAAGUGUUACAAAUAGGGAGGUUCAAGACCCUCGUAAGACAUAGUAAAAUUAUUGCAAAAGGAAAUGGCAAAAUGGCGUUCUACUGGGAAAGAUGGGUUAAUCUGUGGACGUCGGAGGGUUGGAGAUCAGAAUGAAUGGGUGAAAAUCCAGCACUUGAAGAAAGAGGCAAUUAGGAUAUGUAUAAUAAUUGAACUACCUGUAUCGUAGAUGUGAGCGAAAUAUUGUAGAUGUAAGUAGAAGUCCGUUAGUUUACUCCAAGUAGGGUAGGGGGAAAGUAUAGAAGGAAAAAACAUGCAAACAAUGAAAUUGAUAAUUGUAGGUUCUAUCUGUAAUAUUAAAGCAGAUCUACCAUACACUUUAUUUUAUUUGAAUGAAUCAAGGAUCAAUCGGCUGGCUGUCUACCAGCCUUUAAACUUUCAAUUCUAACAGACUAUAAAGUACAAUUCUAUUCUCUCUUUUCCCCUCCUCUCCCCCUCUUCCUACAGGUGAGCCGGAUCCUGUACAGUUUCUCCACAGCGUUCCGCCGCUCCUCCAAGCCAGCCCCUGACGUGAGGGACUCGGCCCUGCCCCUCUCCCUCGACAGUGACCUCUUCAACUUCACAGUCUCACUGGAGGUGCGGGAGGAUGACAGCAAGGGAAACUACAGGUCAGCAUGUAGCCACUAAACGCGCACUUAUGCAUGCUAUGGGGUGAAAUCACUCACUCACUUUAACAGACCUUUAAGCCAACAACUUACUUUUUGUGUCUUUCCAUCUUUAUCUUCCCCCGUUCUCCUCUCCUCAGCCCAGUUCCCAAGGACCGGGACAAGUUCUACUUCAAGCUGCGGCAGGGCGUGCAGAAGAAGGUGGUGGUCACGGUCCAGCAGAUGAGCAACCAAGAGCUGGGCAUUGAGAGGUGAGGGGCUGCUGCCCACUUGAUCCUUCUGUAAGGGCUUCUGAGCUGCAUACACUAGACGGCACCACUGUCCUAUACUGUAGCAUGCUGUUCUUGUUAUGAACAAGAACACACAACCCCUCUGGUUCAUAUAGGUAAAUACAAGAUGGAGACCGUGGGAAAGCUUGACAUAAGGAAAUAUUAUACAAUAGACAAAUAUUUUUUUGUGCGAUUUGACUUAAAUGUAUUUUUCAUGCACAGUCAUUGGAAAUGAAACAAUGAAGAUAAGAUUAGCCAACACAAAUAGUCAUUAUAGAAUUGCGCAGCGAGGAACCAGAAGAGCGAGUGUCCUCAUUUCAUGCUAGUCUAUGCUGAAGUCAUUGUGAUGUGUGUUGAGUGUGUUUGUUUACAGUUUUAGACAGUGCAGCAGUUUAGCUAGUUGAAUUAAGUCAGGUUUCUCACAUAGCCUUCCUUCUUGUCACUCUGUUUUGUGUUUUCUGAAAGGCAUUUAAUAACCUUUUAGUUACAGUGCAUUCGGAAAGUAUUCAGACCCCUUGACCGUUUACACAUUUUGUACAUUACUGCCUUAUUCUAAAAUGGAUUAAAUAAAAAUCCUCAUCAAGUUACACACAAUACCCCAUAAUGACAAAGCAAAAACAGUUUUUUUUGAAAUUGUUGCUAAUUUAUAAAAAGAAAAUAAAAUAAAUAACUUGUCCUACUGAAAUUACUCAGCAGUAGCUGAUGCAUCUGCAGUGUGCACAGUGAGAGUGACCUGAUAAUCGAAACCUACAAAUAGUCUAUCUGAGCUGAAGGCUAUGUCUAACGGUAUCUGCCGGUAAACCAUGAGAGAGAAUAAAUGACCUGAUAACGAGAGAAAUAGACGCCAUAGAUUACUAGAAUAAUCCUAUAUAAAAGAGUCUGAAAUAAACUCUUAAGAGACCUUCCCAAAAGAGACAAUGAACGCUUGAUCACUAACACUGAUCGCCAUGUGGGUGUUUAGCAAUCCCACCACAUGCUAGUAUAAACAGCCCAUCCAACACGGUGGACACUAUAGCAGCCUUGAUUAGUCAUCGCAUAGCUAUACGGCGUCAGCUUCCCCACUAAUGUCCAGGGUGAUAACUUAAAAUCUGAGGAAGAAAGGUUAGGAUUAGGUAGAAGUAUCCAUUUAAAAUGAGGCUGUACUCCUGUGUGUAUAUACAGUGCAUUCGGAAAGUAUUCAGACCCCUUCCCCUUUUCUACAUUUUGUUACGUUACAGCCUUAUUCUAAAAUUGAUUAAAAAUAAAAAUCCUCAUCAAUCUACACACAGAUUCUUUAGCAAAUGUAUUACAAAUAAAAAACAAAAAUAGCUUAUUUACAUGAGUAUUCAGACCAUUUGCUAUGAGACUCGAAAUUGAGCUCAGGUGCAUCCUGUUUCCAUUGAUCAUCCUUGAGCUGUUUCUACAACUUGAUUGGAGUCCACCUGUGGUAGAUUCAAUUGAUUGGACAUGAUUUGGAAAGGCACACACCUGUCUAUAUACGGUCCCACAGUUGACAGUGCAUGUCAGAGCAAAAACCAAGCCAUGAGGUCGAAGGAAUUGUCCGUGGAGCUCCGAGACAGGAUUGUGUCGAGGCACAGAUCUGGGGAAGGGUACGAAAACAUUUCUGCAGCAUUGAAAGGUCCCCAAGAACACAGUGGCCUCCAUCAUUCUUAAAUGGAAGAAGUUUGGAACCACCAAGACUCUUCCUUAAGCUGGCCGCUUGACAGCCUGUUUGGAGUUUGCCAAAAGGCACCUAAAAGACUCAGACCAUGAGAAACACGAUUCUCUGGUCUGAUGAAACCAAGAUUGAACUCUUUGGCCUGAAUACCAAGCGUAACAUCUGGAGGAAACCUGGCACCAUCCCUAUGGUGAAGCAUGGUGGUGGCAGCAUCAUGCUGUGGGGAUGUUGAGGUAGAUAUGUACACUGAACAAAAAUAUAAACGCAAUAUGUAAAUGUUUGUCUGUUUCAUGAGAUGAAAUAAAAGAUCCCAGAAAUGUUCCAUACGCACAAAAAGCUUAUUUCUCUGAAUUGUUGUGUACAAAUUUGUUUACAUCCCUUUUAGUGAGCAUUUCUACUUUGCCAAGAUAAUCCAUCCACCUGAUGUGUGGCAUAUCAAGAAGCUGAUUUAAACAGCAUUAUCAUUACACAGGUGCACCUUGUGCUAGGGACAAUAAAAGGCCUCUCUAAAAUGUGCAGUUUUGUCACAUAACACAAUGCCACAAAUGUCUGAUGUUUUGAGGGAGUGUGCAAUUGGCAUGCUGACUGCAGGAAUGUCCACCAGAGCUGUUGCCAGAGAAUGUUAUGUUCAUUUCUCUGCCAUAAGCCGCUUCCAACGUUGUUUUAGAGAAUUUGGCAGCACGUCCAACCGGCCUCACAACCGCAGACCACGUGUAUGGCGUUGUGUGGGCGAGCGGUUGGCUGAUGUAAUCGUUGUGAACAGAGUGCCCCAUGGUGGUGGUGGUGGGGUUAUGGUAUGGGCAGGCAUUAGCUAUGGACAACGAAUACAAUUUGUUUUUUAGAAUGCAAUUUCAAUACACCGAAAUGCUGUGACUAGAUCUUGAGGCACAUAUUUUUUAUAAAUAUUGUCUGUGACCAACAGAUGCAUAUCUGUGUUCCCAGUCAUGUGAAAUCCAUAGAUUAGGGCCUAAUGAAUUGAUUUCAAUUGACUGAUUUCCUCAUAUGAACUGUAACUCUGUAAAAUCUUUGAAAUUGUUGCAUGUUGCGUUUUAUAUUUUAGUUCAGUAUACAUAUAAGUAAGGAUAAAUUUACUAAGUAAAAUGAUAGACAAUAAUCAGUAACAGCAGUGCAUGUGAUGAGUCAAAGGAGUUAGUGCAAAAAGGGUCAAUGCAGAUUAAAAGUUAACCAAUAGUUACUGACUAACUAUUUAGCAGUCUUAUGGCUUGGGGGUAGAAGCUGUUCAGGGUCCUGUUGGUUCCAGACUUGGUGCAUCGGUAUGGCUUGCCAUGCGGUAGCCGAGAGAACAGUCUAUGACUUGGGUGGCAGGAGUCUUUGACAAUUUUUAGGGCCUUCCUCUGACACUGCCUGGUAUAGAGGUCCUGGAUGGCAGUGAUGGACUGGGCUGCAUGCACUACCCUGUGUAGCGCCUUGUGGUCGGAUGCCAAGCCAAUGCCAUACCAAGCGGUGAUGCAGCCAGUAAAGAUGCUCUCAAUGGUGCAGCUGUAGAACCUUUUGAGGAUCUGAGGGCCCAUGACAAAUCUUUUUGGUGUUGUCGUGCCCUCUUCACAACUGUGUUGGUGUGUAUGGACCAUGAUAAUUCCUUAGUGAUAUGGACACAGAGUAACUUGAAGCUCUCGACCUGCUCCACUGUGGCUGGGGGCGUGCUCAGCCCUCUUUUUCCUGUAGUCCACGUUCAGCUCCUUUGUCUUGCUGACGUUGAGGGAGAGGUUCCUGUCCUGGCACCACACGGCCAGGUCUCUGACGACCUCGUAAACAUACUGAUGGUGUUGGAGUCGUGCACGGCCACGCAGUCGUGGGUGAACAGGGAGUACAGGAGGGGACUAAGCACGCACCUUUGAGGGGCCCCCCGUGUUGAGGGUCAGCGUGGCAGAUGGUGUCAUUGCCUACCCUCACCACCUGGGGGCGCCCGUCAGGAAGUCCAGGAUCCAGUUGAAGAGGGAGGUGUUCAAUCCCAGGGUCCUUAGCUUAGUGAUGAGUUUGGAGGGCACUAUGGUGUUGAACGCUGAGCUGUAGUCAAUGAACAGCAUUUUUUUUAUUUGUCAUUUAGCAGACACUCUUAUCCAGAGUGACUUACAGUGGUGAAUGCAUACAUUUUCCAUACUGGUUCCCCGUGGGAAUCGAACCCACAAGCGCCAUGCUCUACCAACUGAGCCACACAGGACCCAAACAUUUUGCGAAGCCCAUCAAGUCCCUGAUUGGUGAACCACUGAUCCAUUCACAGCUCUUUAUGUCUAUGGCAAGGUUAGGGAUACUCACACACAGUGCUGAUAACAUACAGUGUUUUCAAACUACAUAUUUGACACAUGUUUACAUUGUGCAUUUUCAUAGUAAUUAUUAUUCAACUUGUCCUCACCUGGGUUUUGAACUCACAACCUCUUGGUUCAUGGCAUUCAGAUCUUCCUGCUACGCCACCAUGUCUGUGUUCUCACGUAGGUGUUCCUUUUGUUCAAGUGGGAAAGGGCAGUGUGGAGUGCAAUAGAGAUUGCAUCAUCUGUGGAUCUGUUGGGGCAUUAUGCAAAUUGGUGUGGGUCCAGGGUGUCCGGGAUGAUGGCGUUGAUGUGAGCCAUGACCAGCCUUUUAAAGCAUUUAAUGGCUACAUAUGUGAGUGCUACGGGACGAUAGUCAUUUAGACAGGUUACCAUGGCAUUCUUGGACACAGGGACUAUGGUGGUCUGUUUGAAACAUGUAGGUUUUAGACUGGGUAAGGGAGAGGUUGAAAAUGUCAGUGAAGACACUUGCCAGGUGGUCAACACAUGCUCUGAGUACGCGUCCUGGUAAUCCGUCUGGCCCUGCAGCCUUGUGAAUAAUAGUAGCUUGCACGAGUAUAUCAUGCCUUCUUAUUACAUCAGUAAGGUCAUGUUUAUGAAAGGUCAACCUUACGAAGGAGGGAGGGGUGAAAUCAAAGCUCUUCAGAUGAGUAUCUUUAUUCUAUGGAAGCAUAAUAAAUGGUUUAUAUUAUGAAGUAGUGAUUCUCACUGCAACCACUUGAUGGCACACCUAUCAUAAGAAACAGGCACAUAGUGGUCUCUGUUUCCAAGUGAUAUUACCACUGCUUUGCUGUAGUUCAAUUUGGAUUCUUUGAAUGUAUAAAUAGAGCCAUGCAUAUUCACCCAAACGAGCAUUCGACUAGAGUCUACAGGAUUCAGAAUUGGGUCACUGUGUAACAAUAUGUACCUGUAGCUUUGCUAAUGCCAUACUGAUGGAGAAACGUUAAAUUAAAUUUUUGAUAAUGUGAUUUUAUUUAAUUAUAUUUUACAGCCACUGAGUCUCUCAGGAAAUACCAUUUGUCUUUAUAAUGAAACCAAAUGCUGCCGAAACCCAAACUUUGGGUUUUAUGAAAUGAUGAAAGGUGAGUUGCAGUGCCCCCUUUAUCCAUUGGCCCUGACCUGUGUUCCUGUCCCUCAGGUGUUUUGGGAUGUUGCUGAGCCCAGGGCAGAAGGUUCGGAACAGUGACAUGCAUCUUCUAGACAUGGUGAGCAGCAAUCUGUGUGGUUUCCUUUAUUCACAUAACCAGGUUAUAGAACAGCACUCAAUUUCUAUGUACUGAAUUGAACUAUCGCUAUGAGACGUCAUUGUGUCUUUUGUUGACUUUAGUGUACUCUUUAUUGGACAGGUUGAACAGAGUUGAAUUGAAAAUCGAUUCUUUGGCUUUUGAUUGGAAUGGCUUUGGUCUUUGAGGCCUGUUGACCAUGAUUGUAUAUAAUUUCUCAAUAUUUGUGCCUAUGUGAAGGAGUCCAUGGGGAAGAGCUUGGAUGGAAAGUCAUAUGUGAUCACGGGUACAUGGAACCCCAACAUGGCUGCCUUCCAAGUGCUGAAUGAAGACACACCUAAAGGUGAGAAUCAUCCCCCAAUUGAGAAUCAUCCCCCAAUCCCUCAACCCUGUCACCAGCCUAUUUUACUUACGCAUGGUAUUGUCAACCAGCCUGACACAUUAGCAUACUGAAGCAUGUCAUUGUCAACCAGCCUAGCAUACUGAAGCAUGUCAUUGUCAAUCAGCCUAACACACCAGCGUACUGAAGAUUGUCAUUGCCAACCAGCCUAGCUGUCACAUUCGUAGCUGGCCAGACAGAUUCAUAUGAUUUUAUGACUUCAUCAAUUCUAAUGGACCUCUGCCUAAUAAGCAGAAAACAACACAAAUGAAAGCUCCUAUACUAUUAUAUUGUUUAUCUUACGAUUUUCAUCUGAGGAGAUGGAUAGCUGAGAUGGCAAAUUAAAGUUUCAUUUAUGAUAAUGACAGGGGGAAGGCACUUAUUUGCUUCUUUUUAUGCCAGGCACUGUUUUCUCCACAGUAGAACAAUAAUGAGUCGUUAGGAUGUCCCCGGGACGUCACAAAACGGUCGCCUGAAGUCGUCAGGACGUUGUAAUGGUCCCCUGGAGGUUUUGUGUAGUUCCCGUCGCUUGAUGGUCCCAAGAGAACGUUCUCUUGGGGUCCUUUGUGUAGUUCCCUGUAAGUUCCCAGGACAUCACUGAGGACCAUGUCAGGACCUUUUUAGGACGUUUUCAGGACCAUCAUGCCACGUCGUAAGGACUAGUAAAAUGAAAGUCCUGAGAACGUCCUAAAAAGGUCCUGACAUGGUUUUCAGUGACGUCCUGGGAAUGUACAUGGAACUAGACAAGGGUCCCCAGAGAACGUUCCCUUGGGACUAACACUCGACUUUCUUAGAACCUUCUGAUAACGUUGCGCCGAAACCCUUAAGGGACCUAAUGGGAACGUCACAGAAUGUCCUCAGGAUGUCCCAUGUUUGCUGGGGAAAGCCUAUUAGAAUAGCAAUAUUGUUGUUGUGCUCUAUCUAGGAUGGGUUUAGAGCGCUAGCAGCGUUCAACCUCAGUGGUUAUCAGGGUCAGAGACUGAGGAAAGGGGAUGUGGUAGACUUUACUGGUGCUGAGCUUUUCAUUUGUGCUAAUUGUAGCUAAUGGUCCUGUCCAGGUGGUUCCAGACUUGACCUAUAUAGCUAGCACCUUUUUAAAAAUGAUUUUAUUUUGGCACUCAACCAACACUGGACAUUAUUUUAAAGGCAUUUCAAGUGAAAUGAUGUAGUUGCCUAAAAUUGUGGUAACAUUUCUUACUUUGAACAGUCACAAAAUAGUCACUGCCUCUAACAUUUGAUACCACCAAUUCCCUACGAGGGCCUGCAAAAUAAAUAAUAUAUGUCCCAAACCAAAUAGGCUGUCUGAAAACGUGGGUGGUUUGGACACCUUUUCAUAUAUUGGGUCCCAGUGUAAUGCACAGUAAGAUGCUGCCGAGCGGUGCAAGUGCAAGACCUCAACUCAAUGAACUCAUUAUAUCAAACAAAUUAGCAGCGCUGCUGAGUUGCUGACUCGGAAGUCAGGGGAGUUUGACUUAAACCUAUAUGGCAGCUUGUCAAAGCAACCCAGCUCAGGGGAGUUAGGUAGUGUAAAGCCACACUUCCUCCACAAAGAAAACAGACCAUUCGUGUGAAUGAUUCCACUCUAGGAGAAAAGGAAGUAGGUAAUUACGAUAACUGGCUUGCAGAACAUGUAUGUAAACAUUGGAUAAUAAUGUGUUUCUGUAUAAAUAAUAAACCAGAGCCAGAACAUUUAGGAAUUAUCCAUAUAGAUUUUAACUGAUUUACUGUAGCUAAUGGUUUUUGAAAUAUGAAGCUAUAUGCACUGGAAGAUUUCCCACAAAACAUGAACAUAAUUUUUUUGUUAUACAAAACAGCCUUCUACCAUAGACGCAAGGCCAUAAACCACACAGCUUACUUCAUGUCAAAACUGGGAGAGACUAGACUUCUAAAAACAAUGGCCUUAGCGGUCUCAACUAAACAAAUCCUUCUUUGUUGUCAGCGAUUCGGCACGCAGGAAAAGGUAUUCCUGUGGUAUCUGAAGCUUGAAGGGAUGCCGUUUCCUAAAACAUAUUUCUAAACCAACAUUUUAUGCUUGACCUUUAUCGUAAUUGGAAUCUAUUUUUAGGCCAUUCUUUACAAGGCAGUGUUGAAAACUUUUUUUUUUCUGGUUAAUUACAAUAAUAAAACCUUCUCACUGUGAAAUGGGUUAUUUUUCCCUCUGUUUCAUAGCUCGGCGAUUGCUAUCUGUUGUUGUUUAUUUUUCUCACAAUUGUUUUUUGAACGAAAACAAUGGGAUGUGGCAAGAUCUGUUUUCCCAGACGUCACUUUUUCACUUGGAUGAAGCUGGGGACACUAGAGGAUAGCUUAGAUUUACGCUGCACUACAUACAUAUCACACACAGCUUGUCUCAUGCUGUGAUUUGGAAUGCAGUUUCCUUAGAUUCUAAAUAAUUAAUAGAUAUUUAAAGAUACUGAGUUUCUUGUUUGUAGUAAUAGGAUUCUAGUUUUUAAAUGGGUCCAUAGUCUCUUUCUCUGGGAAUGGUGAGGUCAGAGAAUAGGUGUGCUGCUGUCACUAGUUUGACAGUUGGUGGCAGUUGUGGGAUCCAAGCCCUCUGAGGAAAACACGUUUGGUCUACCUAAUAAAAACAGCAGGCAAUAUAUUUUCUCUGUGUUCUAUAAACAUACAAUUUAAAGCAAGUUAAUAGCCUACCAUUUCACUAUAUCCACUUAGUGUGUCAACCCGCAACGCCCACUUUUAAUCCAGGCAGGUACAGAUGCAGUAUACAUUCUGAAACUGAUGUUGGCACUACAAACACGCCCUCCAGUGUGUGACCUUGUCCUCUCUGUGGUGGUCUCUCUCCAGAUAAGCAGGUGUACAUGACCGUUGCGGUGGACCUGGUGGUGUCUGAGGUGGUGGAGCCGGUGCGCUUCCUGCUGGAGACCCUGGUGCGCGUCUACCCGGCCAAUGAACGGUUCUGGUACUUCAGCCGCAAGGCCUUUAGCGAGACCUUCUACCUGAAACUCAAACAGGUAAAUAAAUGGUCAGUUAAUAAAUAUCCCAAAUAUCCCAACCUUUACCUCAUCAUACACGUAAUAAAUAUCCCAACCUUUACCUCAUCACACACGUAAUAAAUAUCCCAACCUUUACCUCAUCACACAUGUAAUACAUAUCCCAACCUUUACCUCAUCACACACGUAAUACAUACAGUGGGGAGAACAAGUAUUUGAUACACUGCCGAUUUUGCAGGUUUUCCUACUUACAAAGCAUGUAGAGGUCUGUCAUUUUUAUCAUAGGUACACUUCAACUGUGAGAGAUGGAAUCUAAAACAAAAAUCCAGAAAAUCACAUUGGAUGAUUUAAAAAAAAAUAAUUUGCAUUUUAUUGCAUGACAUAAGUAUUUGAUCACCUACCAACCAGUAAGAAUUCCGGCUCUCACAGACCUGUUAGUUUUUCUUUAAGAAGCCCUCCUGUUCUCCACUCAUUACCUGUAUUAACUGCACCUGUUUGAACUCGUUACCUGUAUAAAAGACACCUGUCCACACACUCAAUCAAACAGACUCCAACCUCUCCACAAUGGCCAAGACAAGAGAGCUGUGUAAGGACAUCAGGGAUAAAAUUGUAGACCUGCACAAUGCUGGGAUGGGUUACAGGACAAUGGGCAAGCAGCUUGGUGAGAAGGCAACAACUGUUGGGGCAAUUAUUAGAAAAUGGAAGAAGUUCACGAUGACGGUCAAUCACCCUCGGUCUGGGGCUCAAUGCAAGAUCUCACCUCGUGGGGCAUCAAUGAUCAUGAGGAAGGUGAGGGAUCAGCCCAGAACUACACGGCAGGACCUGGUCAAUGACCUGAAGAGAGCUGGGACCACAGUCUCAAAGAAAACCAUUAGUAACAUGCUACGCCGUCAUGGAUAAAAAUCCUGCAGCGCACGCAAGGUCCCCCUGCUCAAGCCAGCGCAUGUCCAGGCCCGUCUGAAGUUUGCCAAUGACCAUCUGGAUGAUCCAGAGGAGGAAUGGGAGAAGGUCAUGUGGUCUGAUGAGACAAAAAUAGAGCUUUUUGGUCUAAACUCCACUCGCCGUGUUUGGAGGAAGAAGAAGGAUGAGUACAACCCCAAGAACACCAUCCCAACCGUGAAGCAUGGAGGUGGAAACAUCAUUCUUUGGGGAUGCUUUUCUGCAAAGGGGACAGGACGACUGCACCCUAUUGAGGGGAGGAUGGAUGGGGCCAUGUAUCGCGAGAUCUUGGCCAACAACCUCCUUCCCUCAGUAAGAGCAUUGAAGAUGGGUCGUGGCUGGGUCUUCCAGCAUGACAACGACCCGAAACACACAGCCAGGGCAACUAAGGAGUGGCUCCGUAAGAAGCAUCUCAAGGUCCUGGAGUGGCCUAGCCAGUCUCCAGACCUGAACCCAAUAGAACAUCUUUGGAGGGAGCUGAAAGUCCGUAUUGCCCAGCGACAGCCCCGAAACCUGAAGGAUCUGGAGAAGGUCUGUAUGGAGGAGUGGGCCAAAAUACCUGCUGCAGUGUGUGCAAACCUUGUCAAGACCUACAGGAAACGUAUGAUCUCUGUAAUUGCAAACAAAGGUUUCUGUACCAAAUAUUAAGUUCUGCUUUUCUGAUGUAUCAAAUACUUAUGUCAUGCAAUAAAAUGCAAAUUAAUUACUUAAUAAUCAUACAAUGUGAUUUUCUGGAUUUUUGUUUUAGAUUGCGUCUCUCACAGUUGAAGUGUACCUAUGAUAAAAAUGACAGACCUCUACAUGCUUUGUAAGUAGGAAAACCUGCAAAAUCGGCAGUGUAUCAAAUACUUGUUCUCCCCACUGUAUCCCAACCUUUACCUCAUCACACACGUAAUACAUAUCCCAACCUUUACCUCAUCAGGACAAUACAAAAGGGGAUUUUGGUUCUUUAUAGGAAGGAUGUUGUAUGUUCUGCUUACUAGCCCUUAGGGAUUUGGACUCAAAAGAUUAAAGCAAUAGGACGCUUACUUACAACCAAAGUGGAGGUAUCUGUCCUAUUGUUUUUUUCUGUGUAGUCCUCUAUGUUAAGUGAGCAUUAGGUGACCCUGGGAAGACACAGGAAACAAAGCCACUUAGAAGUACUCCCCUCUUCAUUAUCUAAUCAGAUAGCUACACUACAACCGAGCCUGUCUGUGUACACACACAACCAGGCCUGGAAUUUCAUGACUUUAGGGGCAUGGCCAUUUGGCCUUCAAGAGGUGCCCAAUCUGCCAGGGCACCAAGGCCAUUAACCAAAAUAGGCAAUUACAUUGAUUUGAAAACUGGAAAACAGUAGCUAUUCUGUUAAGAAAAACAAAAGUGUAUGUAAAUGUACAUGAAUAAUUAGCCUAAAUGUCGAAUUGUAGGUGAUGGCCUAUGCGUAUUGUCGACAGUCUGUCAUGUCCAGACCUAUGCUGACAUGAGGCGCCUGAAAAUGUAGGCAAACUUUAAUGAGAGUUUUAAUUUUAUAUACAGUUGAAGUUGGAAGUUUACAUAAUGACAGGUUUGAGUCAUUAAAACUUGUUUUUCAACCACUCCACAAAUUUCUUGUUAACAAACUAUAGUUUUGGCAAGUCGGUUAGGACUUCUACUUUGUGCAUGACACAAGUAAUUUUUCCAACAAUUGUUUACAGACAGAUUAUUUCACUUAUAAUUCACUGUAUCACAAUUCCAGUGGGGCAGAAGAUUACAUACACUAAGUUGACUGUGCCUUUAAACAGCUUGGAAAAUUCCAGAAAAUGAUGUCAUGGCUUUAGAAGCUUCUGAUAGGCUAAUUGACAUCAUUUGAGUCCCCUGUAGCUCAGUUGGUAGAGCAUGGCGUUUGCAACGCCAGGGUUGUGGGUUUGUUUCCCACGGGGGGCCAGUAUGAAAAAAAUGUAUUCACUCACUAACUGUAAGUCGCUCUGGAUAAGAGUGUCUGCUAAAUGACUAAAAUGUAAAUUGGAGGUGUACCUGUGGAUGUAUUUCAAGGCCUACCUUCAAACUCAGUGCAUCUUUGCUUGACAUCAUAGGAAAAUCAAAAGAAAUCAGCCAAGACCUCAGAAUAAAAAUUGUAGACCUCCACAAGUCUGGUUCAUCCUUGGGAGCAAUUUCCAAAACGCCUGAAGGUACCACGUUCAUCUGUACAAACAAUAGUACGCAGGUAUAAACACCAUGGGACCACGCAGCCGUCAUACCACUCAGGAAGGAGACGUGUUCUGUCUCCUAGAGAUGAACGUACUUUGGUGCGAAAAGUGCAAAUCAAUGCCAGAACAACAGCAAAGGACCUUGUGAAGAUGCUGGAGGAAAUGGGUACAAAAGUAUCUACAGUGGGGAAAAAAAGUAUUUAGUCAGCCACCAAUUGUGCAAGUUCUCCCACUUAAAAAGAUGAGAGAGGCCUGUAAUUUUCAUCAUAGGUACAAGUCAACUAUGACAGACAAAAUGAGAAAAUAAAUCCAGAAAAUCACAUUGUAGGAUUAUUAAUGAAUUUAUUUGCAAAUUAUGGUGGAAAAUAGGUAUUUGGUCAAUAACAAAAGUUUCUCAAUACUUUGUUAUAUACCCUUUGUUGGCAAUGACACAGGUCAAAUGUUUUCUGUAAGUCUUCACAAGGUUUUCACACACUGUUGCUGGUAUUUUGGCCCAUUCCUCCAUGCAGAUGUCCUCUAGAGCAGUGAUGUUUUGGGGCUGUCGCUGGGCAACACAGACUUUCAACUCCCUCCAAAGAUUUUCUAUGGGGUUGAGAUCUGGAGACUGGCUAGGCCACUCCAGGGCCUUGAAAUGCUUCUUACGAAGCCACUCCUUCGUUGCCCGGGCGGUGUGUUUGGGAUCAUUGUCAUGCUGAAAGACCCAGCCACGUUUCAUCUUCAAUGCCCUUGCUGAUGGAAGGAGGUUUUCACUCAAAAUCUCACGAUACAUGGCCCCAUUCAUUCUUUCCUUUACACGGAUCAGUCGUCCUGGUCCCUUUGCAGAAAAACAGCCCCAAAGCAUGAUGUUUCCACCCCCAUGCUUCACAGUAGGUAUGGUGUUCUUUGGAUGCAACUCAGCAUUCUUUGUCCUCCAAACACGACGAGUUGAGUUUUUACCAACAAGUUAUAUUUUGGUUUAAUCUGACCAUAUGACAUUCUCCCAAUCCUCUUCUGGAUCAUCCAAAUGCACUCUAGCAAACUUCAGACGGGCCUGGACAUGUACUGGCUUAAGCAGGGGGACACGUCUGGCACUGCAGGAUUUGAGUCCCUGGCGGCGUAGUGUGUUACUGAUGGUAGGCUUUGUUACUUUGGUCCCAGCUCUCUGCAGGUCAUUCACUAGGUCCCCCCGUGUGGUUCUGGGAUUUUUGCUCACCGUUCUUGUGAUCAUUUUGACCCCAUGGGGUGAGAUCUUGCGUGGAGCCCCAGAUCGAGGGAGAUUAUCAGUGGUCUUGUAUGUCUUCCAUUUCCUAAUAAUUGCUCCCACAGUUGAUUUCUUCAAACCAAGCUGCUUACCUAUUGCAGAUUCAGUCUUCCCAGCCUGGUGCAGGUCUACAAUUUUGUUUCUGGUGUCCUUUGACAGCUCUUUGGUCUUGGCCAUAGUGGAAUUUGGAGUGUGACUGUUUGAGGUUUUGGACAGGUGUCUUUUAUACUGAUAACAAGUUCAAACAGGUGCCAUUAAUACAGGUAACGAGUGGAGGACAGAGGAGCCUAUUAAAGAAGUUACAGGUCUGUGUGAGCCAGAAAUCUUGCUUGUUUGUAGGUGACCAAAUACUUAUUUUCCACCAUAAUUUGCAAAUAAAUUCAUAAAAAAUCCUACAAUGUGAUUUUCUGGAUUUUUUUCCCUCAAUUUGACUGUCAUAGUUGACGUGUACAUAUGAUGAAAAUUACAGGCCUCUCAUCUUUUUAAGUGGGAGAACCUGCACAAUUGGUGAAAUACUUUUUUCCCCCACUGUAUAUCCACAGUAAAACGAGUCCUAUAUCGUCAAAACCUGAAAGGCCGCUCGGCAAGGAAGAAGCCACUGCUCCAAAACCGCCAUAAAAAAGCCAGACUACGGUUUGCAACUGCACAUGGGGACAAAGAUCGUACUUUUUGAAGAAAUGUCCUCUGGUCUGAUGAAACAAAAAUAGAACUGUUAGCCCAUAAUGACCAUUGUUAUGUUUGGAGGAAAAAGGGGAACGCUUGCAAGCCGAAGAACACCAUCCCAACCGUGAAGCACGGGGGUGGCAGCAUCAUGCUGUGGGGGUGCUUUGCUGCAGGAGGGACUGGUGCACUUCACAAAAUAGAUGGCAUCAUGAGGAAGGAAAAUUAUGUGGAUAUAUUGAAGAAACAUCUCAAGACAUCAGUCAGGAAGUUAAAGCUUGGUCGCAAAUGGGUCUUCCAAAUGGACAAUGUCCCCAAGCAUACUUCCAAAGUUGUGGCAAAAUGGCUUAAGGACAACAAAGUCAAGGUAUUGGAGUGGCCAUCACAAAGCCCUGACCUCAAUCCUAUAGAAAAUCUGUGGGCAGAACUGAAAAAGCGUGUGCGAGCAAGGAGGCCUACAAACCUGACUCAGUUACACCAUCUCUGUCAGGAGGAAUGGGCCAAAAUUCACCCAACUUAUUGUGGGAAGCUUGUGGAAGGCUACCCGUAACGUUUGACCCAAGUUUAACAAUUUAAAGGCAAUGCUACCAAAUAGUAAUUGAGUGUAUGUAAACUUCUGACCCAUUGGGAAUGUGAUGAAAGAAAUAAAAGCUGAAAUAAAUCAUUCUCUCUACUAUUAUUCUGACAUUUCACAUUCUUAAAAUAAAGUUGUGAUCCUAAGUGAUCUAAGACAGUGAAUUUUUACUAGGAUUAAAUGUCAGGAAUUGUGAAAAACUGGGUGUAAAUGUAUUUGGCUAAGGUGUAUGUAAACUUCCGACUUCAACUGUGUGUAUAUACAGUGGGGAGAACAAGUAUUUGAUACACUGCCGAUUUUACAGGUUUUCCUACUUACAAAGCAUGUAGAGGUCUGUAAUUUUUAUCAUAGGUACACUUCAACUGUGAGAGACGCAAUCUAAAACAAAAAUCCAGAAAAUCACACUGUAUGAUUUUUAAGUAAUUCAUUUGCAUUUUAUUGCAUGACAUAAGUAUUUGAUACAUCAGAAAAGCAGAACUUAAUAUUUGGUACAGAAACCUUUGUCUGCAAUUACAGAGAUUAUACGUUUCCUGUAGGUCUUGACCAGGUUUGCACACACUGCAGCAGGGAUUUUGGCCCACUCCUCCAUACAGACCUUCUCCAGAUCCUUCAGGUUUCGGGGCUGUCGCUGGGCAAUACGGACUUUCAGCUCCCUCCAAAAAUGUUCUAUUGGGUUCAGGUCUGGAGACUGGCUAGGCCACUCCAGGACCUUGAGAUUCUUCUUACGGAGCCACUCCUUAGUUGCCCUGGCUGUGUGUUUCGGGUCGUUGUCAUGCUGGAAGACCCAGCCACGACUCAUCUUCAAUGCUCUUACUGAGGGAAGGAGGUUGUUGGCCAAGAUCUCGCGAUACACGGCCCCAUCCAUCCUCCCCUCAAUAUGGUGCAGUCGUCCUGUCCCCUUUGCAGAAAAGCAUCCCCAAAGAUUGAUGUUUCCACCUCCAUGCUUCACGGUUGGGAUGGUGUUCUUGGGGUUGUACUCAUCCUUCUUCUUCCUCCAAACACGGCGAGUGGAGUUUAGACCAAAAAGCUCUAUUUUUGUCUCAUCAGACCACAUGACCUUCUCCCAUUCCUCCUCUGGAUCAUCCAGAUGGUCAUUGGCAAACUUCAGACGGGCCUGGACAUGCGCUGGCUUGAGCAGGGGGACCUUGCGUGCGCUGCAGGAUUUUAAUCCAUGACGGCGUAGUGUGUUACUAAUGUUUUUCUUUGAGACUGUGGUCCCAGCUCUCUUCAGGUCAUUGACCAGGUCCUGCCGUGUAGUUCUGGGCUGAUCCCUCACCUUCCCCAUGAUCAUUGAUGCCCCACGAGGUGAGAUCUUGCAUGGAGCCCCAGACUGAGGAUGAUUGACCGUCAUCUUGAACUUCUUCCAUUUUCUAAUAAUUGCGCCAACAGUUGUUGCCUUCUCAUCAAGCUGCUUGCCUAUUGUCCUGUAGCCCAUCCCAGCCUUGUGCAGGGCUACAAUUUUAUCCCUGAUGUCCUUACACAGCUCUCUGGUCUUGGCCAUUGUGGAGAGGUUGGAGUCUGUUUGAUUGAGUGUGUGGACAGGUGUCUUUUAUACAGGUAACGAGUUCAAACAGGUGCAGUUAAUACAGGUAAUGAGUGGAGAACAGGAGGGCUUCUUAAAGAAAAUCUAACAGGUCUCUGAGAGCCGGAAUUCUUACUGGUUGGUAGGUGAUCAAAUACUUAUAUCAUGCAAUAAAAUGCAAAUUAAUUACUUAAAAAUCAUAGUGUGAUUUUCUGGAUUUUUGUUUUAGAUUCCGUCUCUCACAGUUAAAGUGUACCUAUGAUAAAAAUUACAGACCUCUACAUGCUUUGUAAGUAGGAAAACCUGCAAAAUCGGCAGUGUAUCAAAUACUUGUUCUCCCCACUGUAUAUACAGCUGCGGAACAAAUUAAGAGACCACUGCAAAAUGAUCAGUUUCUCUGGCUUUACUAUUUAUAGGUAUGUGUUUGGGUAAAAAUAACAUUUUUGUUUUAUUCUAUAAACUACUGACAUUUCUCCCAAAUUCCAAAUAAAAAUAUUGUCAUUUAGAGCAUUUAUUUGCAGAAAAUGACAACUGGUCAAAAUAACAAAAAAGAUGCAGUGUUGUCAGACCUCGAAUAAUGCUAAGAAAAUAAAGUUCAUGUUCAGAAAUGAAUAUUUGGUGGAAUAACCCUGAUUUUCAAUCAUAGCUUUCAUGCGUCUUGGCAUGCUCUCCACCAGUCUUUCACAUUGAUGUUGGGUGACUUUAUGCCACUCCUGGCGCAAAAAUUAAAGCAGCUCGGCUUUGUUUGAUGGCUUGUGACCAUCCAUCUUCCUCUUGAUCACAUUCCAGAAGUUUUCAAUGGGGUUCAGGUCUGGAGAUUGGGCUGGCCAUGACAGGGUCUUGAUCUGGUGGUCCUCCAUCCACACCUUGAUUGACCUGGCUGUGUGGCAUGGUGCAUUUCCUGCUGGAAAAACCAAUCCUCAGAGUUGGGGAACAAUGUCAGAGCAAAAGGAAGCAAGUUUUCUUCCAGGACAACCUUGUUCGUGACUUGAUUCAUGUGUCCUUCACAAAGACAAAUCUGACCGAUUCCAGCCUUGCUGAAGCACCCCCAGAUCAUCACCGAUCCUCCACCAAAUGUCACAGUGGGUGCGAGACACUGUGGCUUGUAGGCCUCUCCAGGUCUUCGUCUAACCAUUAGACGACCAGGUGUUGGGCAAAGCUGAAAAUUGGACCUUACUCCAGUCCUCUACGGUCCAAUCCUUAUGGUCUUUUGCAAACCUCAGCCUGGCUCUUCUUUGCUUCUCAUUGAUGAAGGGCUUUUUUCUAGCUUUGCACGACUUCAGCCCUGCCCCUAGGAGCCUGUUUCGAACCAUCCUCGCCGUGCACUUCACCCCAGCUGCCGUUUGCCAUUCUUUUUGUAGGUCACUUGAUGUCAUCCUACGGUUGUUGAGUGACAUUCAAAUUAGUUGGCGGUCAUCCCGGUCAGUAGAGUUGUUUUCGCCCUCUGCCGGGCUGUAGCUUUGUUGUCCCCAAUGUCUGCUGCUUGACCUUGUUCUUAUGAACCGCCGUCUUUGAAAUUUUAAGGAUGGAAGCAACCUGACGCUCACUGUAUCCCUCUGCCAGUAAAGCCAGAAUUGAACCCUUCUUUUCCUCACUCAACACUUUCCUUUUCAACUCUUUUGGCAUGGUCAAUAGUUAUUUUUUUGAUUAAUAUUACUUUUGAGGUACUAUUAGCACUGUUUUUGCCAUCCAGCUGGUCCUUAUUGCAAGAGGAUAGUGAUGACCACAGCAGUGGUUUUUAUACUUUUCCUCGUUAAAAAAGAUUUGGUUCAUGUGAUCACCUAAUCAGUACCUAAUUCAGUAGAAUGAGGUGUGCCUGUGUUGGAAUUCAACAGACACUGGAAUGGAAUGGCUGUCAUACAUGUAGGUUUAGGAAAAAUUUGCAGUGGCCUCUUAAUUUUUUUCCACAGCUGUAUAUGUAUGUGUGUGAUGUAUGUAUGUAUGUAUGUAUGUAUGUAUGUAUGUAUGUAUGUAUGUAUGUAUGUAUGUAUGUAUGUAUGUAUGUAUGUAUGUAUGUAUGUAUGUAUGUAUGUAUGUAUGUAUGUAUGUAUGUAUGUAUGUAUGUAUGUAUGUAUGUAUGUAUGUAUGUAUGUAUGUAUGUAUGUAUGUAUGUAUGUAUGUAUGUAUGUAUGUAUGUAUGUAUGUAUGUAUGUAUGUAUGUAUGUAUGUAUGUAUGUAUGUAUGUAGUAUGUAUGUAUGUAUGUAUGUAUGUAUGUAUGUAUGUAUGUAUGUAUGUAUGUAUGUAUGUAUGUAUGUAUGUAUGUAUGUAUGUAUGUAUGUAUGUAUGUAUGUAUGUAUGUAUGUAUGUAUGUAUGUAUGUAUGUAUGUAUGUAUGUAUGUAUGUAUGUAUGUAGGUAUGUAUGUAUGUAUGUAUGUAUGUAUGUAUGUAUGUAUGUAUGUAUGUAUGUAUGUAUGUAUGUAUGUAUGUAUGUAUGUAUGUAUGUAUGUAUGUAUGUAUGUAUGUAUGUAUGUAUGUAUGUAUGUAUGUAUGUAUGUAUGUAUGUAUGUAUGUAUGUAUGUAUGUAUGUAUGUAUGUAUGUAUGUAUGUAUGUAUGUAUGUAUGUAUGUAUGUAUGUAUGUAUGUAUGUAUGUAUGUAUGUAUGUAUGUAUGUAUGUAUGUAUGUAUGUAUGUAUGUAUGUCUGUAUGUAUGUAUGUAUGUCUGUUAUGUAUGAUGUAUGUAGUAUUGUGCUUUAUGUAUGUAUGUUAUGUUUGUCUGUAUGUAUGUCUGUAUUUUGUAUUCUGUCUUGUUGUAUGUCUGUCUGUCUGUCUGUCUGGUCUUUGUUGUCUUAUGUCUGUCUGUCUGUCUGUUGUUAUGUCUGUCUGUCUGUCUGUACUGUAUGUCUGUUGUCUGUCUGUCUGUUGUCUGUCUUGUCUGUCUGUCUGUCUGUCUGUCUGUUUGUCUGUGUCUGUCUGUUGUCUGUAUGUCUGUCUGUUGUCUGUCUGUAUGUAUGUAUGUAUGUAUGAUGUCUGUAUGUAUGUAUGUAUGUAUGUAUGUAUGUAUUGUCACACCAGUCAAAAGUUUGGACACCACCUAUCAUUCCAGGGUUUUUCUUAUUUAUUAUAUUUUUUACAUGUAGAAUAAAGUGAAGACAUCAAAAACUAUGAAAUAACACACAUGGAAUCAUGUAGUAACCAAAUAAGUGUUAAACAAAUCAAAAUAUAUUUUAUAUUUGAGAUUCUUAUAAUAGCCACCCUUUGGCUUGAUGACAGCUUUGCACACUCUUGGCAUUCUCUCAACCAGCUUCAUGAGGUAUUCACCUGGGAUGCAUUUCAAUUAACAGAUGUGCCUUAAAAGUUAAUUUGUGGAAUUUCUUUCCUUUUUAAUGCGUUUGAGCCAAUCAGUUUUAUUGUGACAAGGUAGGGGGGGUAUACAGAAGAUUGCCCUAUUUGGUAAAAGACCAAGUCCAUAUUAUGGCAAGAACAGCUCAAAUAAGCAAAGAGAAACGACAGUCCAUCAUUACUUUAAGACAUGAAGGUCAGUCAAUACGGAAUAUUUCAAGAACUUUGAAAGUUUCUUCAAUUGCAGUCGCAAAAACCAUCAAGCGCUAUGAUGAAACUGGCUCUCAUGAGGACUGCCACAGGAAAGGAAGACCCAGAGUUACCUCUGCUGCAGAGGACAAGUUCAUUAGAGUUAACUGCACCUCAUAUUGAAGCCCAAAUAAAUGCUUCACAGAGUUCAAGUCACAGACACAUCUCAACGUCAACUGUUCAGAGGGGACUCUGUGAAUCAGGCCUUCAUGGUCGAAUUGCUGCAAAUAAUCCACUACUAAAGGACACCAAUGAUAAGAAGAGACCUGCUUGGGCCAAGAAACACGAACAAUGGACAUUAGACUGGUGGAAAGUUGUCCUUUGCUCUGGAGUCCAAAUUUGAGAUUUUUGGUUCCAACCGCCAUGUCUUUGUGAGACGCGUUGUGAGUGAACGCAUGUGUAGUUCCCACCGUAAAGCAUGGAGGAGGAGGUGUUAUGGUGUGGGGGUGCUUUGCUAUUGACACUGUCUGUGAUUUAUUUAGAAUUCAAGGCGCACUUAACCAGCAUUGCUACUACUGCAUUCUGCAGUGAUACGCCAUCCCAUCUGGUUUGGGCUUAGUGGGACUAUCAUUUGUUUUUCAACAGGACAAUGACCCAACACACCUCUAGGCUGUGUAAGGGCUAUUUUACCAAGAAGGAGAGUGAUGGAGUGCUGCAUCAGAUGACCUGGCCUCCACAAUCCCCUGACCUCAACCCAAUUGAGACAGUUUGGGAUGAGUCGGACAGCAUAUGUGGGAACUCCUUCAAGACUGUUGGAAAAGCAUUCCAGGUGAAGCUGGUUGAGAGAAUGCCAAGAGUGUGCAAAGCUGUCAUCAAGGCAAGGGUGGCUAUUUGAAGAAUCUCAAAUAUAACAUAUAAUUUGAUUAGUUUAACACUUUUUUUUUGGAUACUACAUGAUUCCUUAUGUGUUAUUUCAUAGUUUUGGUGUCUUCACUAUUAUUCUACAAUUUAUCAAAUAGUAAAAAUAAAGAAAAACCCUUGAAUGAGUAGGUGUGUCCAAACUUUUGACUGGUACUAUGUACAGUAUCUGGUACUAUAUACAGUAUCCCCUCAAAAUAACUCAACAUACAGCCAUUAAUGUCUAAACCACUGGCAACAAAAGUGAGUACACCCCUAAGUGAAAAUGUCCAAAUUGGGCCCAAUUAGCCAUUUUCCCUCCCAGGUGUCAUGUGACUCGUUAGUGUUACAAGGUCUCAGGUGUGAAUGGGGAGCAGGUGUGUUAAAUGUGGUGUCAUCGCUCUCACACUCCCUCAUACUGGUCACUGGAAUUUCAACAUGGCACCUCAUGGCAAAGAACUCUCUGAGGAUCUGAAAAAAAGAAUUGUUGCUCUACAUAAAGAUGGCCUGGGCUAUAAGAAGAUUGCCAAGACCCUGAAACUGAGCUGCAGCACGAUGGCCAAGACCAUACAGCGGUUUAACAGGACAGGUUCCACUCAGAACAGGCCUCGCCAUGGUCGAACCAAAGAAGUUGAGUGUACGUGCUCAGCGUCAUAUCCAGAGGUUGUCUUUGGGAAAUAGACGUAUGAGUGCUGCCAGCAUUGCUGCAGAGGUUGAAGGGGUGGGGGGUCAGCCUGUCAGUGCUCAGACCAUAUGCUGCACACUGUAUCAAAUUGGUCUGCAUGGCUGUCGUCCCAGAAGGAAGCCUCUUCUAAAGAUGAUGCACAAGAAAGCCUGCAAACAGUUUGCUGAAGACAAGCAAACUAAGGACAUGGAUUACUGGAACCAUGUCCUGUGGUCUGAUGAGACCAAGACAAACUUAUUUUGUUCAGAUGGUGUCAAGUGUGUGGCGGCAACCAGGUGAGAGUACAAAGACAAGUGUGUCUUGCCUACAGUCAAGCAUGGUGGUGGGAGUGUCAUGGUCUGGGGCUGCAUGAGUGCUGCCGGCACUGGGGAGCUACAGUUCAUUGAGGGAACUAUGAAUGCCAACAUAUACUAAAGCAGAGCAUGAUCCCCUCCCUUUGGAGACUGGGCCGCAGGGCAGUAUUCCAGCAUGAUAACGACCCCAAACACACCUCCAAGACGACCACUGCCUUGCUAAAGAAGCUGAGGGUAAAGGUGAUGGACUGGCCAAGCAUGUCUCCAGACCUAAACCCUAUUGAGCAUCUGUGGGGCAUCCUCAAACGGAAGGUGGAGGAGUGCAAGGUCUCUAACAUCCACCAGCUCCGUGAUGUCGUCAUGGAGGAGUGGAAGAGGACUCCAGUGGCAACCUGUGAAGCUCUGGUGAACUCCAUGCCCAAGAGGGUUAAGGCAGUGCUGGAAAAUUAUGGGGAUUUGUUGCCAGCGGUUUAGACAUGAAUGGCUGUGAGUUGAGUUAUUUUGAGGGGACAGCAAAUGUACACUGUUAUACAAGCUGUACACUCAAUACUUUACAUUGCAGCAAAGUGUCAUUUCUUCAGUGUUGUCACAUGAAAAGAUAUACUCAAAUAUUUAAGGGGUGUACUCACUUUUGUGAGAUACUCUGUAUAUAUAUGCUAAAUGGCUGUCAUGUUUGACAAAUCUAAUGUAGGAUCAUUAUUAAUAUCUAAAGGCUUGAUUCUGUCGACAUACUUGAGGCACUGUUUGUUCAGAUAGGAGAGAAAGGCACUACAAUGUUACCAACCUUGCAAUCUGAGCGGAGGCAGUCAAGAUUUUGAAAGUAUUUAACCGUAAAGAAAAUUGUUUAAAACCUGGAUGUUUUUUGUCAUUUUAUGAGACAUGUCUUACCUUGUUCUGACCAUAGGAAUGUUAAGGGGAUUAUUUUAUAAACACUUCUUCAUAGUCAUAUGCAAUUGAAACAAGUAUUUCGCUCAUGUUCUCAACUUUCUUUCAUUGUCCAGCAGCCAAAGACACAAUCCUAGUCACCGAUUGCAUUUGCAGUGCACUUUUGAGAAGUGUUUUUCCGCUAAUUGCAUUUUUGAACAUUCACGUUUAUAGCCUACUGCAGUGUGCGCAUUACUGCACUUAUAAUGUGAAGAAAUGGCCUAUUAGUUUAUAAACGUUUUCAAUUAGCGGGAAAACAUCGGAUAGUAGAUUGACAUAGUCUAGUGCUUUUGCUGUUCGUUACUCAUCUUGUUGGCUGACUAAAAGUAAAUGUGGACAGUUCUUACAUCUUCAAUAUGCGAAUUCGAUAAGGACGAGCGCCGUUGAAUCCCCGAUGUGUUCGUCUUCACUUGUAGCCGACUUCGGAGCUGCGAUGCCUGUAAAAAGGACACGAUCACAUGACGGGCAUUGGCUAAUAAGAAUUGAGAUAUCUGAGAGAGUCGUGAGUGAGCGGUGCUUCGGCGCAAGGCAAUUGGCAGCCGGGAGAAGGGAAUUAUAAUUAUUAUAUUCAGCCCAAGGGCACAACGGUCACCUUGGCCGAAAUUGCAUGGAUUUUUUUAGGGGCAUUACGGCAACACAAGGGGGCAUCGACGGCCAUGACUGUCAAUGCUGCCUGGAAAUUCGAGGCCUGCACUUAACCACACCCAAUCCAUUUGGGCCGUGCCCCCCCCCACCCCUCCGAACUCCUCCAAUUAAAAUGCAUGAGAGCGACGUUGUUCUCGAAGCAUUCAAUUACCGCAUCCAGCACACAAGUGCAUCCCCGUCCGGUCCUUCCGCAGGUGUUUAUAAAACCAAAACAAGCCCCUAAGUUGGAAACAUAAGCCCCUUGCCCCCUUGUUUGAAAGGCAAAUCUCCUCUCCACUCUGCUUCGGGGAGCCUGCAAGGCAGCAAAAGGAGGCUUUGGCUGCGUCCCAAAUGGCAGCCUGUUCCCUAUAUAGGGCCCUGGUCAAAAAAGUGCACUAUAUAGGGAAUAGGCUGCCAUUUGGGACGUAGCCUUUGUAUCAUUGGGAGCUCUAAUACGAGGCAGCCACUCAUUAUCACACUGUAGUAAUUAGGGCCCUGCCUGAGUGCCUCUCUCUCUAGUUGUCUCAUCAGCAGGCAGGAAAGAAUGGCAGCUGCUGUAGUUAAAAGUUAAUUAAAAGAUAACCAUUCUAGUGUUUACACGUGAUUCUAAUCCCAGCCACUAGCUCCAGUAUUAUUUGAGUACGAUUUGUAUUUGUUCCGGGGGCCUCUCAUUAAGGCGUUGAGGAAUUAGAGGAGUCAUUGUUGUCGCCCUCUCUGAACAUAUUUUGUUCCUUGCCUCACGAGGAAAUAGAAGGGUUUGGUGAUUUGUUAGUGGAGGGUCCUACACAAGGGCUAAGUGGUAUUAUUGCAAACAUUGCUUAUUGUGACCCCCUUAUUUGUGCUACCUUAAUCUUAGUAAAUGCCAAUGUUGUCGUAUAUGUCAUGUAUGACUGUUGAUAGCACUAGCCAGCUAUGUUAAUGUAUUACCUAUAAAUGUGUUAGAUGUAUAGUCUUCAAAUAUGGCCAUUGCGCUAAAAUGUUAGCUUGGAUCCACACGUGCUCACAGAGCAAGGGCUACAUGUAUAGUCCUUAUAUAGGGCCCUUGCGUUAGUGUUAUCUUGGAUCCACCUCUCACCACAAGUGCUGAGACCAAAUAACCCCAGUAGCAACAACAGUGAUACAAAACCCCCAAUGUGCAAUGUGACAAAGCCCAACUUUAGAAGUGACCUGCAUAGGUGAGUGAGCCCAAUCUCUCUGUGCUCUGAUUGCAGCAGGCUCCCUGUGAACCCUAUUACCAGACACUCUGGCCAAAACACGUCUGGUGCGAUCCUUGGCGCAAUCUGCCGCAGCUCGAUUUAAUUUCCUCCUGUACGUGUAAUUAUAUUUUUCAGGCGUUCCCCUCGGGUGGUGGCAAAGGUGAGGCUAACUUUAGACAGUUUGUUUCAAAGGGAGGCACUCUGAAAAUAUUGAGGAUACCCAAAGAGAGACUGUUGCAACAGCUCUCACUCUGAACAAAUUCUUAUUUUUUUCAGCAUGUAGAAUUGGCUCGUCAAUGCUUCUGCGUUAGUAAUAAGCUAUGUAUCACUCUGUGUUUCUUGGUAUUGUGUCAAAAUGAAUCCUCCCACUGUAUUAUGUCUGCACCAUAUGUGACUUCGGUGUGUGUGUGUGUGUGUGUGUGUGUGUGUAGGGUGGUGAGAAGGGUGGCCAGGGUGAUGCCAUGUUGGAGGUGGUGAGCCUGCAGAGGGAGACUGAGAGGAGCAACGGGGGACGCGGCCGCCUGGCCUCUCCGGCUGAGGAAGAGGAGCCUGAGGAAGGUAUAGAACUCUCCCUCUCUCUCUGUUUUAAUCCUCUCUCCCCUCGUAUCUCUCUCUUUCCAUCUCUGACCUUCUCUUUUUCUCUCUUAAACCUCUCGCACUCUCUAUCCAUCGAUCCAUCCAUCCAUAUACGUUGCCCUGAAGACUUAUUAAGAUUGCGUUGUUGUUGAUUUGUUGGCUAGCCUUUCAAUCACAUUCCAAGGUCAACAUCAGAACUUGCACAGCUCCCCAGGUAAAAUGCCUUGGAACAUUGAAUUCCAUCCGCCUCGGCACAUUGAAUUCCAUCCGCCUCAGUCACACGGACGACAUAAUUGUAUUACCUAAUAUCGCUUGAUUGAAAAAUACACUACACCCACCCCCGAAAUGCUGGAAAACUUGCUAUGUUCAAUUUCAAAGAAAAACGACCUGAGUCUUGGAGCUUACUUAGAUUGCCUUUAGAAAGAGUGUGUACAAGGUGAGAGAGAAAAAGAAAUAGAUUGCUUUGGCACAAAUGGCUUGUUGGAGGAGCAUUUGUUUUAUUUAUAUAUUUCGGGCAAUUGUUUCUCCUCGGUGGCGGGAACACCUCAUACAAAUGAGAUCAUCUGUCCAGAUAUUCCCCCUGAAUUGAACGUUAUCAACACGUUGGCUCACUUUGCAUUUUCCUGAGGCUCGCCCCCCUCCUCGUAUUUGGCGGCCAUGAAUCAACUGUGAAGUUUAAUUUAGUUUGGGGGUGUGUGUGUGUGAACCGCUGUGAGGGGGAGGUGUUGCCAGGCGUGUUUGUGUGGGUGAACGUUUGUGUGUGUUUGCGCUUUUGUGUCUGUGUGUUUCAGAGGCGUGACUGUGUGUGUGUACAAUGUGUGUGUCUCAGACAGUGGGGAGGUUUUUUUUGGGCGGCGAGCGAGGCUGAGGCGAGACUGA